AUGGAAUUAGCUCAGAAUGUCCUAGACUGUAAGGAUAUUAUGGAUCUUAUUCAAGAGGUUGGUUUAAUGAAGACUGUGAUUCAGUUUUCAAAGUGCUAUGAGAUGUUGGUAAAGGAAUUUAUUAUUAAUUUGUCUGAAGAAUGUGUUGAUGGCAAGUCUAAGGAUUUCAGGAAAGUGUAUGUGAGAGGCAAGUGUGUAAAUUUCUCUCCUUCAGUGAUCAACAAGUAUUUGGGAAGGCCGGAUGAAGCUCAACCUGAGCUUGAGAUUGGAGUUGCUAACUGGGUGACCACCAAUCAUAAAUCUACAGUUGCUGUAAUGCUUGGAAAGUUCAUAUAUGUUGUUGGAACCAAAGCCAAAUUUGACCAUGGCUCCUAUAUUUUUGAUCAAACUUUGAAGCACGCAAGAAGCUUCAGUGUGAAGGGUCCUAUAGCCUUUCUUUCUCUCAUCUGUGGUAUUGUUUUGAAUCAGUUUCCAAACAUCUUAACUGAGAAUGAUUCUGUGAAGAAAAGAGACAACCCUAUGUCUUUCAAUCAUAAGUUGUUCCUAGGUACCCAUGUCCCUGACGUUGUCAUGACAACAGGUGAGACAUCACGUGUAAGCAGUCAGCCAGGUAAAGCUGUUGUCAUUGCAAUGCUCAAAGAAACCUGCAGGGAAUUAGAUGCAAGCAAGCUGAAGUUGGAAAAAUUGAUUAACACUUUGGAGAUGACUGAAGGUGAUGUGCUAGCUGAUGGUGGAGAAUUUGGUGAAGCUGCUGCUGUUGCAAAAGAAGUUGAAAGACAAGGUGAAGAGGGAGAAGCAGAUGCCAGUCCUGAUGAUGGCACAGAUGAUGAUGCUGACUCUGAGUCAGAUGACUAG